AUGUACGCUCAGUUCGUGCUGUAUAUGAUGAAUGUGGGAGAAGUAAAUACAUGUGAAGUCUCGCUCCAGUUUUACCUGUGUUGUCCAUUGGUGUUGGGCAAAUGGGCACCAAGCGGCUGUUGAUAUGCUAAUGAGGGAAUGCGAAUGUUAGUACAGUGGUGCGCGAGCCUUUUACUUCCACCAUUAGAGGGAGAUCUCAGAGCGCAGACAGCCAAGUUGACCUAAAACAGUUUGAGCUAGAGCACAAUUCACUGUGUAAAACAAGGAAAGGCGCUCUCAAUACCCACCACAACCCAUGAAAAUGCUUUGGAAAUUAACUGACAAUAUAAAAUAUGAAGAUUACGAGGUAAGAGGCUCAUAUUUUAUUUAUUGCAGUUUUCAUGUCAUUAAUGGCGUACUGUUUUAUUUGUAUUUUGUCAAAAUCUCUGAUUGUUUUGGCAGUUGUCUGGAAACAUAUUUAAUUCAAGAAUACAAAGAUGCAUACUGGUUUAUUUCAUAUGUUCGAUAUGUUUCUAUUUUGAUACGGACUCAUUAUAGUUUUUAAUGUGUAAAAAUAUACAUUUUACAGUUUCAAUAUUUAUAGUGCAAAUAUUGUAAUAAUAAUCAUCAUCGUCAUCAUAACAGUCAUAUUAAUAGUAAUAAUCAUACAUUUUCACAGCAAGCAAGUAGAGUAAUACAUGUCAAACCCGAAGCACAGGCAAUAACAGAGACACAUAUGUUUAUAUAAUUUAAAACGAAAUUGUGUAAAAUAGGACUCAUCAAAAAUCAUUGCUGAACAAUAUGUUAAAUGUAGGCCUACAUAGAAUGUAAGAGAAUGUACUUAGGGAGACAUACUCAACAUGCAUUAGCUGACUGUCAUCGAAAAGGUAUGUUUAAAAUAAUGUGUUUACAUUUAUAAAACAUUAUGGGAUGCCUAUCCCUAAUAUUCUUAUGAAAUAAGUCGUGCAUUUCGAGCCCUUAGCUUGUGCACAGGCUGAGUGAUUGUUUUUAUAGCAUACACAGAAAGUUUAACAGUCAUAUCAGGGAGUUGUUUAGGAGUGGUGCAGCCAGUUGAACAUGUUUUGCCCGGGUCUGGAGAAGGAAUAAAGGCACGUCAAGAGCAGGGAAGAAACGCUGGGCUUGUGGGCUUCUCUGCACGUGUUUGAAUUUGUGAUUCUCUCAAACAAGUUAAAUUUAAGGGUAACGUACCUGUUUCUGUUAAUAGAAAUCAAUGUUAACUACACCGUGUUUUCAUAAUGGAUACUCUUUCGCUGCUUUGACAAAACGGUCGCGUACAAAUAGGUUAGUAGGGGAAGUGGAUUUCAUAAGCGUGCGAGGUGCGUUAUCCGUAUGAAAACUUUGGAAUAUAUUUGCUCCGAGUUAAAGUUAGCUCGGCUGGCGUAGUUUGAAGUCGAAUAACCGAGGAUUCAUUCAUUGGAGAUAUUCGGGAAGGGCCAUGGAACGAGAGGCGUCGGAAUCUAAAGUGGAAAACAAAGGGACAGGGCGAGCAGACAACCGCCCUCUGAACAGUAGAAAUGUGCCAGCCGAGAUGCCCUCAGCGUUUGCUGGAUUUUCACACGAAUCAGAGGUGCACAUUGUUUCUUUCCAUGAGUCUUCCUCUCUCUCUGGUCACCCCUUCAUUCUGUCUUUCUUUCACUUUUGCUUGCCCUCGAACCUUUAAACCCCCCCCCCCCCCCCCCUCUCUGAUUCGUCAGAUGCAAGAGAAUGUCCCUCUUUUUGUCUCCCGCUCUCUCUCUCCUCCUCACUCACUCCCUCUUUCUCUCCUCGUCUCUGAUUAGAUAUACUGAUUCCUCAUUCAAUGGACGUCAUUUAGUGCAGACUCUGCCUCGAGUUGGUUCCUUGUUCACGCUCGAUUUCCGACCAUUCUACCCUUAUUAAGAAUUCGUGUAGCCUAAUAUUAAUAGUCAUGAAUAUCUGCUAUUAGGAGUCCAAGGGAAGAAGCAGCUCUUUGCUAAUAGAGCUCAAGCGAAGGAACAGCAGUGAUAGAGCCAGAAGACGGAACAGGGACACAAUAAACUUUAAACGUAAAUCCGCAAGACCAAACACUGCAUUUUAGAAUCGAAUGAAAGGCAGUGGGAAUUUAACCAAAUUCUAAUGGAUUAUCGUUCUUCGGUGGUGCUUAUCUGAACAUUGGGCUCCGUGAUCUUUCAAUAGUGUUGUUGCUGGCUUUAUUUUGUUUGCUCGUACAUUUUCCUUGUUUUGUCGUUUUAUUCAGAAAAUUAUAUUUUGAAUCGCUCGAAAAUCGUCGCAGAUGUUAGUGCACAGUUUUUCCGCGAUGGUAAGUUGGACUCCUUGGCAAAGACUGUGAUAGGCCUAUACUUCGUGCAGCAUUCAGACUCCGAUUAUUGCAUUUUUUUAUCAAAUCGUUUUGCAAAGAUAUCAUACAGACAAUUUAAGCAACAACAAAAAAAAGGAUGCAACAUUGCUCUCACAUUUUAUUUCAGUAUCGAAAUAUUCCAACUGUAGGCCUAUUCAUAUUUUUUUUUUCGAAAACCAUCAAAUACGAAUGGAUUAUUGGCCUACAGUAAUUAUCAAUGUUAUUAUUGCUAUCUUUAGUAUUACUGUCAUUAUUAUUAGGCUAGUAUUGCUCCGUUCAACAGGGAACUGAUUUAAUUCAAUAGUGCCCAUAGUUGAUUUUAUUUCAACCAACGAAUUUGGAUACACAUGCAAUAGGCCUAAUGGUAGUUGACAGUCCAUAAAAGUCCCCGUGAAAACGGGUAAAAUGGAGGGUUGGUGUAUAGGUUUAAUUUCUCCGAUUCCUUUUUCCUGCAGGAUCGUCACGACGGUACCAGCAAUGGGACUGCCAGGCUACCUCAGCUGGGAGGCGUGGGCCAGUCUCCGUAUAGCGCCCCUCCGCUCUCCCAUACCCCAAACUCCGACUUCCAACCACCAUACUUCCCCCCGCCGUACCAGCCCAUCUACUCCCAGUCUCAGGACCCCUACUCGCACGUCAACGACCCCUACUCCCUCAACUCCCUGCACGCUCAGCCGCAGCCACAGCACCCUGGCUGGCCGGGUCAGAGGCAGAGUCAGGAAAGCAGUUUGCUUCACCAGCACCGCGGCUUGCCCCAUCAGCUCUGUAGGGAGUACCGGAGAGAAGUGCUCCUGCCGUCGGGCCACGGAAUCGAUACGGGACUCUCAGAUUCUAUCCCAAUCCAUGGAAUACCUCACUCUUUAGAAGAUGUUCAGGUAAUUCAGCAUUAUUUGGUAAUUAUAUUAUUAUUACUAUUACAUUAUUACUAUCACAUUAUUGUUAUUAUAAUCAUAAUAAUUGUUAUUAUUAUUAUUUUGAAAUUAUUAUUACACGCGUAGACUUCUAUUAAAGUUUGCUGCUCUAAAUUGGCAGCUCUGUAUUAAAUGUUACGGCCUACAUUUUAUGACUCAAUUUUAUAAAUGCAGAAAUAGCAAAAGAUUAUGUCCAUAAUUGAAUUUAAUUGACAGAUGCCUUUUUAUAUGAAUGUAUCAACAGCAAUUUGAUUUUACAAACGACUUUCGAGUCAAACAUGUUAUACAAGCCUACUUGCAUGGAUUAUUCAGUCUAUAUUCUCUAGCUGUGUUUGCACGUUAUUUGCCUUAUUGGGGAUAAUUUGUUGACCCCCUCCCUCCACUGAAAAUAUGCAUAGUGUUAUAAACAACACUUACCCUAAACAAACAGAUCAAAACUGCAGCUCUGAGGACUAUAAUUUGAUCUCAAACCCCUCUCACAAAAUGGAUGAUGUACCACGGUUGUUGAUUCAUAUUCCCUGUCAUUUUUUGACUUGAUUCUGGAUAUCCUCCCUUCAUCUUUAAUUUAAUUGUGCUCAUUGAAAAUACUCACUCAAGCCCGAAUACGAGCGGGGUCUGUGAGCAAUAAUACAAUAGUCCACUCGGGAGUUUGGCAGAUGCAGGCGCACUAACUGAGCACCAUGUUUUAGAUGAAGUUCCAUCGCUCAGCAGAUAAUACGAAGACAUCGAAUAAGUAAAGGAAGCGUUUUGUUUUUUUCGAAAACAAAGGCCUAAUCUCCAAUUAGCGUGCACUGUGUGUAACACCACCGUUAUUCAUAAUACAAUUAAUAGUUAUUCGUAAGUAUCCAGUCUGUGGAUGGAACGAGGUCACGAUUAUAGGGUGACAGAGCUUCGUUGUUUAAUCUGGUGUGCACCACGCACGCUGCCCAACAGCUAUAGACAAUAUCCCUCCCCUUUAUUGAAAAUAAUAACAGGUAGCCUAUAGGCCACCCAUAUUGUCUGAUUGUGGGCUACAAGCCAGCCUUUUACAAACAGCAUGACAUGUAAGAUUAAUUCCAUUGUAUUCUUUAUUAAAUAGUGUUUGUGCAUGUGUGUGUUGCAGCAUAUUGAGGAUCAAGGAAUUCACAUCCCAGAUCAGACUGUAAUUAAAAAAGGUAAGCAAUUUCCUUCGAGAUGCCAUGCAUGUUUGCACAAGCUGCACACCACACCACUCUGCUCCGGAGCUCCGUGCGGUAGCUAGGGCUUCACUGAAGUGAAUUCAUGUGCAGUGUUUUUUAUUACCUGAGCUCGAGUGCAUCAAACUAACUGCACAUUUUUUAAUCGAUGAAGGCCAAUGUCAGCGUUUCAAAGUAGUGAGAUGAGAAUAUGUCCUAUAUAGGCUAUGCUGUAUCCUAUCGUUGUUAUUGUGUUGCAUCUUUUUCGCUCGAUAUCGUUUAUAGUCAUAUAGGCAACCCACCGGGUAAAACUGGCUGAAUCAACGCUGUUUGCACGUCAUUUCAACCAAAACAAAUCUAUGCGAUGAUGUCAACGUGGAAAACUGAUUGGAUUUGAAAAUAAGUUAACCUGAAUCCAAUGACAUUUUAUGUUGAUUUCACGUUGAAUUCACGUUAGAUGACAACGCAACCAAAUGUAAAUCAAAACUAGACGUUGAACUGACGUCUGUGUCCAGUGAGCAGUUCUCUUUGCACUGCAGGAGCAAAUCUAAAAUGGCAGUUGUUAAUGCCGUAUGUAUUAAGUAUCAGGAUGAUACAAGGAUUCCCACGGGGGGCCAGUAUGAAAAAUGUUUGCACUCACUAACUGUAAGUCGCUCUGGAUAAGAGCGUCUGCUAAAAUGACUAAAAUGUAGAAAAAAUACCAGAUCCUGCAUGAAGGUGGAAAAAAUCUUAGCCUGCAAAAAUAGGCAAGGUCUCUAAACCAUUUAUAGAGUCCCAUUCCAUCAGUGUUUUACAUAGCUGUGGUUGUUUAUUGAAUAAUGCGUUCAGUGUUGCAUUAUAUAGAUGGGCCUAGCAUAAUUGCGUGUGAAUUCAAUUGUUUUCUCCUAUACUAUAUGACCAUUUCGGGCGUGUGAGGCCUACUUCAUGGUCAGGUUGAAUGUUACUCCUCUCGCCAUGUGGAGUCUUUUGUCAAGUCAAAUUAGAUGCGCUGGGGAUGAAUCUUGAGAGAUGCUCUUUCCGCAUCAGCAUGAUAAUUGGCUCUUAUAUUAGUAAUCUCAAGAGUUCGUUUAGCUCCUAUUGUCUCUAUUAAUCUCCCGUGAGCUCUUAAUGUCACAAGUGAUCUAUCCAAAAGCGCUAGUCCCUUUGUCUCCGGUUACUGCACACAAAACGGUAACCCUUGCAAAGUGAAAUCACACGCGCGACCAUGGAUAUUUGAAAAUCAGCUUCUCUCAGCGUGAUGUGUGUGUAUUGUACUAUUGCAACAUAGAGUGUGCGCGAGUCUUCAAAAAUGUGUCAUGUUUCAGAGGUCAAAUUUUAUAGAUAGCCUACCCUAAACAAAUAUUGAGUCUAUAGGCCUAUAACAAGGCCUGCAAUACGAUACAAUUGUUUUUAGCAAUGGCUAACCCUUUGUGCAGAGGCCUAAUAACACCAAUGAGAAAACAAUACAUAUAUUAUUAUUAGGCCUGUUAAUAUAAGGUGUUAUUAUAUUCGUGUGAAUAGUAUCAUUAUUAUUUGGCCUGUCAUAGCCUACUCUAUACCCAUUGUUUAAAUGAUGUGUAAGCCUCUACACCCACAAUGCGUUUGAUAUGAAUCUCAUAUGGUUAAGGGUCUACACUGAAUGAGAUUCACUGAACUUGGUCUUUGUGUUCCCUAGGUCCAGUUUCUUUAUCCAAGAACAACAAUGUCUCCGCCAUUGGGAUAAAUAAAGACGGUCUUUUUGGCGGUGUGGUAAACCCCAACGAAGUGUUCUGCUCUGUUCCGGGUCGCCUGUCUCUGCUCAGCUCCACAUCAAAGUACAAGGUCACGGUGGCGGAAGUGCAGAGACGACUUUCGCCGCCUGAGUGCCUCAACGCGUCACUGCUGGGCGGGGUACUGAGAAGGUGAGCCGGACUUUAAUGUCUCUCCUCAUUUUUUAUCCCAGGAAUAAUUAAAAUCGACCAAGCGUGACACCUGCAUUUAAAACAGGCCAGACGACAGACUGUUAAAUUCCGUAUUAACUUUAUGCACGCACUGAAUUUGUUUUCUCGCAAUGUAUAGCCCACAAAUUAAUGUAGGCCUCUUGGCCCUACCCUCAGUCCUAUAACACUUGUUAAAGCACAUCACAUAGGCCUACACCAAAAGUAAACCACUGUAAUGUUCGGUCUAUUGAUUCCAAGCUAGACGCAAAGCCAGUAUUUUGGGUGUACAUUGUGUAUUUACUCAAAUAAAGCAGUGACAGUGAGUUGACAAUGCAUAGCCUAUAUCCACACACAAAUAGGCCUAUAGACACCGAUAUAUAGUUACAGAAGCUUAUGGAAGAAACAAAUGGCAUUGUUAUUUUUUUAAACAAGAUAGCUAUCUCUCUGAUUAAAUAAUAUGAUUAAUAACAUGAAUAUUCAUUCAACUAUUUUUGGAUCAGAUAUUGUGUCCAAUGAGGGUUGAAAAAAAAUGAAACAUGCCAUUUUAUAAAUUAGCCUAUUCAUACAAACUAUUUUUUUUUUCUUGUCACAGAGCCAAGUCUAAGAACGGCGGAAGGUCCCUCAGAGAGAAAUUGGAUAAAAUCGGAUUAAAUCUACCUGCAGGUAGACGCAAGGCCGCAAACGUUACCCUGCUGACGUCACUAGUCGAAGGUAAGUUGCAUUGUAAAUUUUCUGAAUUCCGGUUCCGGCGAUAGCAGGUGCUUUGAACGGUUUCAGGGGGAACAUUCGAAAUCAGUACAUCCGUGUAAUUUGGGCAGACUUUGCCUUGCAAACAAAUAAUGCAUGAAGGAUACCUGUGUAUUUUUGAGCGAGAGGAUGAUGGUAAUGAUUCUAGAGGCUUUACGCAACAUUGACCUGUGUAUUUAGCCUACCUGUGUGCAAUCUUCUCUUUGUAAAAGUGCAUGGGCCUAAGGCUACCACACUCUGAGGUAGGAGUCGGUUAGCCUGGCUGGCCUAGUUUGUGCCAGAUGAAUUAGGCUCGUUGUUGACGCCGGGUUAUGGGCAUUUGCUUAAUUAUUGUCUAGCGGGAGUGCGGAGCUGUUUCACCUCUGGCAAAAGUGGAUCGAUUGAUUUAUUAUAUUGAUUUAUUAUAGUGGCUUGUUGUCAUGAACGUUGUUAUAAGGCGUUUAUUAUUAUUAUUCUAGUACUAGUAGGCUAGUAGUAAUAAUAAUAGUAGGGCUAGGCUACCGCUACUGAUAUUAUUCACUAUUAUUUACACUGGCCUCGUUCCUUCUUUGUCAUGGAAGUGGAACGGACCUAUGGAGGAACUAUAUGUUGUGAGCCUAUUAAAUAAUAUAAAUUAGUCAAUUAUGGUGUACUGUGAGGAUGCCAUUGCUAUUGAAUAAAUCAAGUUUGCUUGCAAAGUUGAACCGUAUUAUUCAGUGCGGUGGUAUUUGGUGAGCUGUGGGUUUUAAAGGUGAAAGCCUGGGAUGGUUCAUUGGUUCCUGUUAAUCAUUACAGCCGAAGAGUGAAUGCAAUAUUCAUUGUGCUUCAUUGAAAUGUGGUAAUGUAUGGUAAUGAGGCUGAACAAAUGUAUGAUUCUUUGGGGGGGAGGGGGGGGGGGGGGGUGAAGGUGCUCGGUUAUUUAGUGAAGAGACUAUGCUUUUUUCCGAAGUGCUGUUAUUGUUUAUGAUCCGCUCCAUUUUAUGGAAACGACAAAUGAGUUUACUGGGCUUGAGCUUUGACGCUAAUUGGCGGGCAUGCGUUCUUCUGGAGUUGAGGUUUAUGUCAGGAAGCCCCGCAGUAAAAACCCAACUGUUUCAGGAAAUUCAAACCAAAAUCAACAGAAAAGCCAGACCUCAAUGGAAUGAACCUAUAAUUCUCAAAGCUAAAGUAUGUAGGAGCGAGAUUUACGUAUAUAGCCUUUUAAAAUUGCUUUCCUAUUUUGCAUUAUCUGCUGGACUUUCAAUAAUGUUUAGAGAUGGCUAAUGAAUGACAUGGUGUUAUGCAUGACGAUCUUUAUGACAUUUUGAAUUGUUUCCCUGAUAUUUAACUCUUCUCACAAAAUGACGUAUGGGGCCUGACUUGUAUUAAUAACAUUUAAUUUUGUUCCAUAAUGUGAUAGAAGGAAUGCUACAGGUCCUAUAUAGCCUUCUGCUUUAGACAUUGAUACGAAGAGAAGGCCUUCUCUUUGGCCGAGGACGUUCAUUAGAUGAAUCAUGUGUUAAGUGGAAGUGUUAAUUGGUCUAUAUUUGAUGUCACCAUUUCAGAGCAAUAUAUUAUACACUCAAACCAUUCUUUCCUCCUCAGGCGAAGCGGUGCAUCUUGCCAGAGAUUUUGGUUACGUGUGCGAGACUGAGUUUCCAGCCAAGGCAGUAGCUGAAUAUACAAACCGUCAGCAUUCCGACCCAAACGAACAAGUCCAAAGAAAAAACAUGUUAUUGGCAACGAAGUAAGUGUUAUGUUAUCACAUUUCGUAUGUCCCCAAAAAAUGUUUUCAAGUCAUUCUCAUGUUUACAUCGACAGUGUUUGCAAACACAAACUCAAAUGGAUGGUCGUGGUAGAUUUUUUUUGUAGGCUUUUGUAUAGAUUUCACAUGGAUUUCUAGUGUUACAUUUAUGGCCUUGCUAUUUGGGUUACAUUGUAGUAUUUUUUACCCCACUAAUUAAAUGCGACACAUUACAACUGGCCCAACAAAUUAUUGGAUACAAAUGUAUCGACUAAUGUCAAAUUAUUUUAACUUCUAAUGCGCGGGAUGAGUCAUCACGUGACGUUAUGCACGCGAUACAAUGCUCAGUGAACAAACACUUUUUGAAUUCGACCCUGGCAACUAAUAUUACUGAAUUUUAAAUCCCAACUCUCUUUUUCAUUCGAUUCAUGCCAAACAUUUUUUGCAAUGGUGCGUAAGCAUAGAAUAAAACACGUGGACGAAUAGGCCCUAUAUUAGCCUAUCCAAGCUGGAGUGUACUGUCAUCAAAUCAAAUCACAUUUUAUUGGCCACAUGCGCCGAAUACAACAGGUGCAGACAUUACAGUGAAAUGCUUACUUACAAGCCCUUAGCCAACAAUGCAUUUAUUUUAAAUAAAAAAUUAGAAUAAAACAACCAAAAAGUGUUGAGAAAAAAAGAGCAGAAGUAAAAUAAAAUAACAGUAGGGAGGCUAUAUAUACAGGGGGGUACCGGUGCAGAGUCAAUGUGCGGGGGCACCGGCUAGUUGAGGUAGUUGAAGUAAUAUGUACAUGUGGGUAGAGUUAAAGUGACUAUGCAUAAAUAAUUAACAGUAGCAGCUGCGUAAAAAGAUGGGGUGGGUGGGGGGGGGGGGGGGGGGGGGGGGGGGGGCAGUGCAAAUAGUCCGGGUAGCCAUGAUUAGCUGUUCAGGAGUCAUUGGUGGGUCGAUUGAGCGGGCCUCAUCCACACGCAACCAUUGUGUUUGCUGUGAUUGGGAUUGCAUUGACACAUAGCUGGUUCAACUCCAACAUAACCUUUCCCCACUGCAUUAAAACAUUUCGACACUAUAGUAGGCCUAUCACACUAUAGCCUAUAGCCUAUGUCACUUUGAGCAAAUAUGCCAUAGGCCACACUAAUGCUGUGCUACCAACUAUAUAAAUUAUAUAAAUUAAUAGGAUUUUUGGCCACCUCUCGUAUCCCGAAUUAAUAUUAGGGGCAGACUGGCAUUAUUAUUGUAAUUAACACAUAUAUUGUCUCCCCUUUUAGGCAAAUCUGCAAAGAGUUCACAGACCUGCUUUCCCAGGACCGUACGCCCUUGGGGAAUUCUCGACCACAACCUAUUCUUGAGCCAGGGAUUCAGAGUUGCUUGACCCAUUUCAGUCUAAUUUCUCACGGAUUCGGGACCCCGGCCAUGUGCGCGGCCCUCACCGCUCUCCAGAACUAUCUGACGGAGGCGAUUAAAGCCAUGGACAAAAUGUACCUGAACAGUCACUCAGACAGCGGAACUAAAGGAGGAGACAAAGACGAGAAGCACAGAAAGUGAUUCUCACCUGAAAGCCCAAUAUAAAUAUUAUAAAUACAUAUAGAUACUAUUGAUCAAGUAAACGUGCCACUUCCUGAUCUCGCGAUGAUUUUACAUGUAUGUUUUUACUACCAUUCAACUUUGGAUUUUCGGGAAGCGACGUGCAAGAUGCCCACAAUAAUUAAUGAGAGAGAAAAAAAAUUUGAAAGGCGCAAAGGAACCGCUCCAGAGAGAGAAAGGUCUCUGCCACAUGGAGGACUUUUUAUGUAGGCCUGCUCCCUCUUUUUAUGAGCUGCAACGGACUGAAAUCCAGUGACCAUUAUAUCUCAAUUUAUGAUUGUAGCCAUAUGACAAAAAGAAGCUAAAAGAGGAUGAAUUCCUAUCAGUAUUGUGAAUAAUAUUCUUGGAAAAAUCCACAGUUACAUGUCAUGACUUCAGUUGCAGACUCUCACUCCAAGCGACCAACUUGAACUUUGUAUUUCAACACGAUUCACGGUUAUAUAAGGGAAUCUGUGUUCAUGUAUGUAUAUAUUGAUUUAUGUGUAAUUUAAUGGGAAUUGUAAAUAUGGUGCGUCUGUUGAAACUUCUUUUUUAUUUAUCUGUUGCCUCCUGUUUUAGUGGGUUUAAAUAUUCGGUUAGUUCUUCAUGUGGUUUUACGGUUCUUAGAAAACAGAAGUUUGGGGUAUUUUUCUCUCUGGGAUAUUUCAAUUCAGCCCUCUUGUAGCAUGUUGAGGCGACAUUGAAGCAAGUGAACAAAUGUAAUAGAAAUAAACCAUCAUUUCUCUCCAUCAUCCUUAUUCCAUUCCGUUCUUUUUGUUGUUGUUGAAAAGAGCAUUCGCGAUAUCCUGAUGAGAACUAUUUUGUGUUUCUACUUCCUUGUUUUUACACAAUACUUUAUGUGUUGUGCCAAUCAGAAUACGUCUCACCUCUUGUUCUUCCCUUGAAGCACCAUAAAAGCAAUAAAUGGAUAUUGUCUUUAGAAUUAUUUUUUUUAUGUUCGAAGUAAUUCCAAACAUUUGGGACCACCUGAUAUCUUGUACGUCCAAAUCGGAGGCGGUUUUAGCUGUAUUGCAUAGACCUCUGCUGGCAAUAGUUCCCACGUCUGUCAAUGUAUUAUAGUCCUUUGUUGCCCAGAAAAAAAUAAAUAUUUGAUACGCUUCAUGUCGAUUUGUAUUCAUAUCUUUUAAUUUUUUUAUUCAGUGGUUGAUAUACGCCCGGGUGUAUUUUCGUUCUUGGCAGUUUUUUUAAAUUCAGCACGGUUACAGUAAUUGAGUUUAACUGUCCCCUGACAAUUGCUCCUUGCAAUAAGCAGCUGAACCCAUUGUUUCCCUCAAGAAGGCAAUAGUAAGUAAAAAAAAAAAAAAAAAAAAAAAAAUUAUAUAUAUAUAUAUAUAUAUAUAUAUAUAUAUACUUUCAACUCAUAGUUCAUAGCACAGGAUCAUUCAAAACCGCAGCAGAGCUUUUUACCGUGCCAAAUGACACAGAAAACAAUGAAUACAUUGGUGUUUGAUGUGUGUGUGAAGCGCCAGCCCUCAAGCGAAACCGUUCUUUAAAAUCAGUGAGAUUUACACGGCUGUGUUGAAGGCUAUUACACCUACCACUCUGUUUUUGUGUGUUUUUUUUAAAGACGUGCAUCAAAUAUUGUUUUAUUACUAGCCUGUCUGUAAUUAUUGGUGUUGUUUGACAGCAUUCAGUUGGAAUAAAA